AUGUAUCUUAAAGUUAACUCAGAUGAUGUUCGUGGGACGUUUCAACACUUUUGGAGAAGUACAGGAUUUUGCCCGCCAUUACCUCAUCACAAAGCCCAUGAUUUUGAUUUGAGUAAAGAUAUGAAACAGAACCUGGCCUAUAUCGGUGCCGUACCUCAUCGUGGUAUUGAACAGGUCAGAAUUCAUUGGUUACUGGAUUUAAUAACAGUUCCUACAUAUUCAACAGAAGGACAACCAGAAUAUAAUUUUACCUAUUUAAAUCAGUUGAUUUAUGAACUAUAUAGAAAUGGUUUAAAACCAGGGUUCGAAGUUAUGGGCAACCCUUCUAAUGUCUUUACAGAUUUUGAAAAUAAAACUCAGGUUUAUAUGUGGAAGGAUUUGAUUAAACUGAUAGCUACAAGUUAUAUACAGGAAUAUGGUUUAGAUUAUGUUAAAUCGUGGAAUUUUGAAGUUUGGAAUGAACCUGACUGUGAAGAUUUUGAUAUGAAAUUUACGUUAAAAGGAUUUGCCAAUUAUUACGAUGCCACAAGUGAAGGGUUGAUGCAGGCUCAUCCUGAUCUGAUAUUUGGGGGUCCUGCAGGUGGAUGUGGAACUCUUGGUGGCAGCAAACAUCACGGACAUUACGAGCUGUAUCUAUUGAAUCAUAUUGUUUUUGAGAAGAAUUAUUUUUCUGAUAAAAUUGGAACAAGGGUAGAUUUCAUCUCACUACAUAAAAAGGGAGAUGGCAAGGCUAUGAAUAUUAUAGAAGAUACCAUAGCUUCCAUGAAAAAUAUAGGAAUACUGUUCCCCACCCUGGCUAACAAACCUUUUUAUAAUGAUGAAGCUGAUCCUAUGGUAGGUUGGAGUAAAGAUCUAGCCUGGAGAGCUGAUAGUAUUUAUGGUGCCAUGGUUGUCAAGAUUAUAGCUCAGCAUCAGAAUAUUUUCAGAGCCAAUCCCGACAGCCCUGUUAAUUUCCAGUUACUUAGUAACGAUAAUGGCUUCCUUAGUUACUACCCUUAUCAGUUUACACAGCGCACCCUGGUGGCACGAUUUCAAAUCAACAAUACAUCUCCACGUUAUACCACGUUUGUACAGAAACCAGUUCAUGCUGCCAUGGUGAUGUUAUCAAAACUGGGAAAUCAGCAAGUUUAUGUUGGAGCUAAUGAUAGUAACAAUGGAGCCCUGGCUACAGUUUAUUAUCCUAGUGGUAAUGACACGUCUGAUAGUUGGCAGAUGAGUAUAUUAGUCUAUGAUAGUAAUGAUACAGAUCAUGGUAGUGAGUAUGGUGAACUAGAAUUAGAUUGGUAUAUCAACCCUCCUGAUCCCAAACAGGGCUAUGCUGUAUUUGCUCUGGGUAAUGAUCCUUACGGAGUGUGGGUAGGGCUGGAUAAUAAAACAGCCUACCCCACCCAGUCUCAGUGGGAUUAUAUACGUUUACAAGAGCCUGUAAAAUCAGGUCCUGGAAAAGUUUUAAUUCCACCACGCUGGCAGAUUUUACAACCCGAGGCUACAUUACUUCAUCUGUGUGCUAAAUCAGACAUGGCUCCAGAACAGGUGACAGGUUUAAGGUUUAUCAAUAUAACAGUGGGACAAGUUUUAGUUAUCUGGUCUGAUGAUAAUAUAAAAACUAAAUGUAUUUAUACGUACGAAGUAGCAUUCUCUCCAACCAAUAUUACCGGGCCAUAUCAACGUGUAAAUAAAGUUGAUACUAUAGCAACCAUUUCAGUCAUAUCACCCCACCCUCAUGAUGGUUACUAUAAAGUACGAGCUGUAGAUUAUUGGAAACGAACUGGAUUUUACUCGAACGCUGUUUAUUAUCCUGAAGAUAUUCCUGUGUAG